AUGGCGAAAGGGAAGGACCUCGCUGGUACAUCCGGUGACAAAUCAUUGUCUGAAGUAGAGCAUCUGUUAAUGCGGAAAACGUUCACCAGGGUUGAGUUUGAUCGUCUCACAGACUUGCUGCGUGCAAGAACUGUAGAGCCUGCUUUGUCUGCACAAGUAGACCACCAUGAGGAUAAGAAUGAAACAAGAACCAGAAUUGAUGGAAUAGGAGGCUCCACAUCUCAUGGGAUGGCUAUAGACCAUUCUCCGCCCGCUGAUGUUCCUAUCCGGGAUGUUAAGUCCCCUGCGGACCUUGCCAAACAAUAUAUGAGCUCCCGUUAUUCGAGAGAACUCCAACAGAGUAGUCUAAGGAGCCAAGUACUUUUUGGUAACAAAGCGGAAUCAAGCAACACUGGUUAUUAUAGGACUUCUGGUGCACCACUUGUUCAGGAGCUGAAUCAAGUUAGCAAUGAAAACCCUGGACUUCCUGUGAAUGGCUAUAUGGCUUCAGGAUUACGUGGGCGGUCAGCAAUAUGUAAAAUGUCCCGCUCUCCAUUUUUUAAGGGCCCAAGCUCUUCCAAUGAUAUGAAUGUUUCACCAUUUUCAUUAUCUCAUGCACGAACCCCAAGUUUGGCUGCUGGCGGCAGGCAGGUGUUGAAACGAAGAGGCACAGAGUUUGACAAUGAACUUGGAUCUGUUGGCCCCAUACGCAGGAUUCGUCAGAAGUCGAAUAUGAUGUCUCCUUUUAAAGAUGCUCAUGCUAGUCCUCGGGGAAAUUUUCUUCCUACCCGUACAAUUGGUUCAGAUUUUGCUGAAGGCAGUUCACCCCAUCAGGAACCUCCUAGUUCAAAAAGAUUACUGCUUGAGUCCGCCCAAUCCCUGCGGACUGUAGAAAGACAGAGAAAUAGUGAAGGUGGCAAACCUUCUAAUGAUGAUGUUCCUCCUGUUCCAACUCAACCAAACAAGAUGGCUGAGAAGAUAUUUGAGCAGCUUAACAUAAUAGCUCCAUCACCAAAAGGCAAACAGUCUGGGCAACAAUCUGUUGCUGGGAAACCAAGGCAAUCCAUGUCCAAUGGACCAAAGGGUGUAAGUGACCCCAGUAGUUCCCGACAAUUUCAAGAUUUGGAUGGAGUUAAUCUUCCCCAUGAUUCUGAUCUGAAUGGUUCUACAUUGAAUAAAGACAAGCUGAUCAAAGAUGGAUCAUCAAAAGUUCAUUCCAUUACGUUUCAUCAGGAUUUAGGCAACAGAGACAUGAAGUCUGAUCAUGUUGCUAUUCUUAAUAAGCCUGCCAUUUCGGGGAAUUCAGUUUCUGCUACUACAUCAAGGAAACCAGGUUUCAAAAUGGCUGUUUUUGAGGAUUUAACUGAGUUUGACGAUGAUCUGGAAGCCCCUGUCCCAUCAAAGAAUUCAAAAUUUGAGACAGAUGUGAAGGCAACAGAGCAGAAGUUUGAUUCAAAGAUGAAGGAGCGGAAAGUUCAACAUGUUAAAUUUGAGCAGAAAGUUGAAUCAACCUCAUCGGAGCAGAAUGUUAUCAAUUCUUCAGUUACUGAACAGCCUAGAACAUCCACAUCAAAAGAUGUCUCUACACCCGGCUUGUUUUCAUCCAGUGAUACUGAAAAGAAGGGCACCCCCAAUGUUUCCUCAAAUAACAACACUGGUUUUACGUUUCAGCAUGUAUCUCCUGCAGACCGUGCUGAGGGUACUGUUUCAGCAGUUCCACUUGCUUCAAAUAAAGACGAUAAACAGACCAGUGCUUCACCUUUUAUGUUUGGUUCCAAGCCAUCCAGUACAUCAGAUUUGGAAACAUCAACAGCUGCUGGUGUAAAAACCAAAGGAAGACUUGGGGAGAGUGCCACGAAGCCCGCAUCAUUGGACACACCUAAUUUGGAGAAGGGCAAUGGAAGGGAAGGAGCUGGAGAUAUCCAUAAGUCAUCUGACAAGGAGUUGCCUACGGCUGCACCAACAUUGACUCCACCUCUCCAUUUUGCUUCUGCUGCAUCUACUUCACCGGGCCUGAGCAAUGGCUUGUCGCACACAUCACCACCGAAGUUGUCAAAUACCACGCCCACUGAUAAACCUGCUGUCAGCACCACUCCAUUAACUACCAUUGCCGGCUUCUCUGUAUCCAGCAGCAGUCCACCUGUUUCAUCUUCAGUUCCUGCAUUUCCAACUAUCAAUUUUGGCUCCAGCAGUCCAACGGUAGCAACACCAAAACCAGAGACGACAUCCACAGAGACAAAGCCAGCUAGCACUUCACUCUUUGGUACCGUGGGUACUACAACUGAAUCCAAGUCUAAAGCCCCAGAAUCAGCCAGCAAUGCACCAUCCAAUCUGAAUACCUCGUCCAUUUUCUCAUCAAAUAUCACAACCUUUUCGAGUUCUCCAGUCACAUCCUCUUCUUUCUCGAGCACUGCAACAUUUUCGUCUUCUCCUGUUGCAUCCUUUAGUGUUGGAACUGCACCAGCUAAUUCUACACCAUCUACUACAUCUGGUGUCCAGUCCGCUUCAACGGCAGCGUUUGCAUUCUCGAGCUCAGGAAACAGCAUAUUUGGGUUCAGUUCUCCAUCUCAAUCUACUGGUCUGAGCACAACUGUUGGUGGCAGUACCUCUCAACCAUCUCCUGCUAGCACGAUCUUUGGUAGCAAGCCGCCACAGCCACAGGGCACAAUGUCACAGCCGCCUCAGAGUUCAGCCACACAGUUUAGCUCUUCGUUCCCGAUUGUGGCUAGUGGAGUGGCGGCAGCUUCGUCAUCGGGACCUGGCACUGUCUCUUUUGGAGCGGGAGCUUCUCCCCCUGGGACCUUGUUGUUUGGAGCAGGGGCAUCUUCAUCUGGUCCUGGUACCGUGUCUUUUGGAGCGGGGGCUGCCUCAUCAGGAGGUCCAGGGAGUGUUUCUAUUGGAGGAGCUUCCUCAUCUGGCACUGGUGUCUUCUCGUUUGGAGCAGGGGUUUCGUCAUCUGGACCUGGGACUGUAUCUUUUGGAGCGACGCCUUCCUCAUCUGGAUCUGGGACUAUGACUUUUGGAGGGACACCUUCCUCAUCUGGACCUGGAACUGUGUCUUUUGGCGUGACAACUUCCUCUACCGGGCCUGUGUUUGGUAAUUCACCGUUUGGAUCUGGAGCUGCCGCCUUCUCUGGAUCUGGAAGUGGGUUUGCAUUUUCAUCACCUAGCUCUUCCACUGCCUCGUCCUUGGCAGCGGCUAGUACAAGUAUGUUCAGCAGUAGCUCCACGGCUUCAUCGUCCGCUGCUCUCAGCAACCCUUUUGGUUCAGCUUCGUCCUCUCCCAGCAUGUUUACAUUUGGACAAUCAGCAUCUUCAGGGGGUGCUUUUUCAUUUGGAGCACAGUCAGCUCCAGCUUUCUCAUCGCAAGCUCCUCCAGUUUAUUCGUUUACCUCGGCGAGCGCAAGCAUGAAUUUGUCUACACCACAGCCUGCAUUUGGGAUGACAAAUGCCAACACAGGCUUCGGAAUGGGAUCUCCUGGAAAUGACCAGAUGAGUAUGGAAGACAGCAUGGCUGAUGACACCAACCAAGCAGCACCCCCGCAAGUGUCUGCACCAGUGUUUGGUUCUUCGCUAUUUGGGCAGCCAGCUAGUUCACCCGCCGCUCCUAUAUUUGGGCAGCCAGCUAGUUCACCGGCCACUCCAGUAUUUGGUGCUCCGGCUGCCCAGCCUGCCGGAGCUUUCCAGUUUGGCGGUCAACAAGGCUCAGUGCAGCAGAACCCGGCAUUCCCAACUGGUGGUAGCUUAGAGUUUCAGGGCGGGAACUUCUCGUUGGGCAGCAUGGGUGGCGACAAGUCCAACAGGCGGAUCAUCAAGGCCAAGAGGACACAGAAGAAAAGGUAG